AUGGUGGAUUUGCUCCACAAAAUCACAUGGAAAGAGUCUGGAGUUCUUAUUCCUGGCACCCACAGCACUGAGCCAGAUGGCACAAUACCUUGGAAGUGCAUUAGUGAAAUUAUUCCAGGGUUGUAUUUGACUUGCCAAUGUGAGCUUCAUAAUAAGCAAAAAGCCAUGGAAAGAGGCAUCGCGCUAAUCUUGAACAUGUGCGCAUGCAAUAAUAUGGAUUCCUAUACGGUUUAUGAGUUCAAUGAAGUGCAGAAUAUUUUUCUGUAUCGAGAAAUCAAAGAUUUGGACCAGUUUGUUUGUGAACUAAAUGAGUAUACAUCCCAUUUGUCUGAUAAAGACUUAACGAAAAAUAAGAUAUUUAUUCAUAACAUUCCAGCUGUUGACACGCCAACCUAUCCAAUUGAAAAACAUUUUCCGCUCACAUGUGCGCUAAUUAGAUUGUUAAUGAAUAACCGGACUUUCCUGGAAAGAAACGAAAUUGAUUGGAGCUACGAGCAGCUCCAUGCGGUAGCUGUGAAUUGUAUGGUUGGGGUUAGUCGUUCAGCUUCGAUUGUAGCGGCCUAUCUCAUGAAAAGUGCAGGCAUUACUAGCGAUGUGGCGCUGUCCUUUAUUCAAAUGGUUCGGCCGGUUGUCAACCCAAACGUUGGCUUCCAGCGCCAAUUGCUUCUUUGGGAAGCCACAAGUGGUCAACGUAUAGUUGAUGACUUCUCUGCGCGACUUGUGGCCUUCCAGAUAAAAAAUGACGUGGAAUUGUUAGGUUAUAUUCGCCUCCACUUGCCCCUCUUGUUGAAGAUUAGCAAAUUUUCACAGGAAAGACGAUAUCUCGGUCUGGUGAUAUCGCUCACCCAACCAUCAUCAGAAACAUUAGCUUUAGUUUAUCGGGAGGUCGAAUCUAACGUGACUGAAGCAAUAGUCUCUGAGGAUUAUACCGAUGCACCUAAUUUCUUUGUCCAUGUAUCUGAAAUUGUAGGCAGUUUGCAGACUUAUUGUGCGGAUAUUUUUGCAAAUCUUCAUGUUUCAGACACCAUGCUUGUGUUCAAUGACUCCUUUUACUUUAAAGUGCUGAAAGAUGUUGCUUGCUCUGGGCUUAUGAGAGAGAUAUACGAUACGGUAAGAGCCUUUUGCUCCAUACUCCGAGAAGUUGAUAUGAAACAUUUUAGUUCGAAUGGUUCUUUGUCGGUUAGUUUCCCACGAGAAGUUCGUGAUGUAGAAGUCCCCCGGGAUAUGGUCGUCUCAUUUCCUUUUCUAGUUUUUAUUGCUCCAUAUGUGGAGGGGUUUGUUCAGCCCGAAAAGCUUAUUAGCUUAGAAAGUGAAUUUUGCCUUAGAAACAACGGGAGAGGCUUAGCGAAGACCGAAAAACUUGUAGAAGUUAUAAAAAAUGAAUUUUUAGACGCAUUUUUGAUCCCAUUCUCAAACAAGGACAUCGAUUCUUCGACAGCCUCUUUUGAGAAAGGAUGGCAAUUCAACGCGCCUUUUCACUUUCUUACAAAUGAUCUGGAGGUUCGGGUUUUGGAAACAUUUAGAACGAAUGAAUCUAUUCCUUUUAAUAUUUUAUCAUCCAAUCUGGAAAAGCUUCCCUGGAAUCUUGGAAAAAUAUUAGCAUUGAAAUUUGUGAGUGGUUUGUUUGCGUUUCGUUUAGUAUUAGAAACAAUAGAACAGUUUUUGAUGCGUACCUGCCACAAUCAUCUCUCCAAAGGUGUUAACCUAAGUGAACGUAAGUUGCCGCUAAUUCUAAUCGAUAAGUCUAUAAAAUACGUGGAAGCUACAUAUAAGAAGCAUUAUCACAAGCCAUGCGACAUUGUUUCCUUUCUAGGCAAAGAGUUGCAACCACUUUUUGAAGCUGGAGUCAUUCAAGCAGAUGGCUUGUGGUCUUUAGUGAAAUAA